CCGCCCGUGGACUGUCCCACUCGCCGAGCCCGACAGCCGGCACUGCGCCCGGCCAACCGCGUCGCCACAGUCGCGACCCAUAUCAGCCCGUAUAAAAUAGCGGGUCCAGCCGCCGCGGCGUCCAGAAGCGACAGCAGAAGACAACGAACAAGAUGAACACCGCGCAGGUACUACUCGUGCUCGCCGCAGCGGCGCUGGCGGCCGAGGGCCGCCCCGGCCUCCUCGGCGGGGUCGCCGACGACGACGUCCCGGAGGCCGGCGGCGCCUUCGGCGUGGAGGAGUACCCCGCCGCGCCCUACCCGUUCGCGCCCGAGGCCCUGGAGCCGACGAUGCCGGUAGAGGACGCCGACGAGGGCGUCGUGCCGCUGCCCCCGCGGGUCGUCGCCAAGCGCUCCACCACCGUGUUCCGGCCGCUGUUCGCCACCCGGGAGCGCGACGCGGAGCGGCUGGAGGCCCGCGACCGCCGGCGCGACUACUGGGCGCGCGAGGAGCAGCGGCGGCGCAGCGCGGUGGCGGCGCGGCCAGUCUACAGGCAGUACCCGGCGCAGUACCGGCCCUACCCCGCCGGGCGGUAGGCCGAACCGCCCCUACAGACGACGGCGACAGCGAGGGUGAGCACCUCCCCGAGGCUCUCUACUCCGCACCCCCGCCUCGCCCGUUGCACUCGCUGCUGCCCAGUCCUUCCGCAGUCACACCUAUCACGCCUCACCUCACACCUCGACCACGUGGGCCCCAUGUGCGCGGCGGCGGCCCUGUGAGUGAGCAAGUCGUCCGGAAGGACGCCGCCGCCGCCCCGGGUCCCGUCACCUCACACUGCGACUGGCCGGGCCGCCGGCCGGCGACUCGGCGGCGUUUGCCAUUCGCUUAGUAUUUUCGUCCCGGCCGCCGCGGCGACGCGCGGGACCUGCUAAGCGGGUGGCAGACCCGCGGCAGACGAGACGGACAGCCGCCGUAUGGCCGGCCGGCCGCUCUCGGGCUAAUUAUUUGGCAGACAUCGCGGAGGAUUUCGAGACGUUGUGCAACAACAACAACUCGCCCUCCGGAGGCUGUGAUGACAAGUUCCCACACCCACAAAACGCGUGGACACAAAAAGUGUACAAGUACUACUUUGGUCCAAGUACCAAGUUUUAUCUAUCUAACCCAGCGUAAGUGACACAUGACUCGUGCAAAGAACUUUUACAUGUAUUGUAUCCCUAUUUAUGCCUUAGUUUGUAAUUUCGACUAGCUUUAAUCUUUUGUAUUAUGAACAAUAAAUUGUUUGUGCCCCUACAA